AGACUCACAGCUAUGUCUGAUGAUCCGGAAGAAAGUGCGUACUAUCUGCGUCUUGUGUCUAUGUAUAUGGACAUAGGAACAGAUACUGUUCUAGGUGUGUUCGUACAUCAUUCACCAGGAGGAGAUGCAGAAGCAUUUCUGAAGGCAAACCAACAGGCUAUUUUUAAACUGAAGGAAGAUCAAAUUCUAAAUGAACAAGAGUGCGCGUCACUUCUGCAGGAAGGUCAGAAAAGUCAGAAAGGCAAACUUAUUUUGAAGAAUCCACUUGAUCUUAAUCGUUUUGAUGCAUCCUUAUUGAUAACUCUGGCUAGAAACCUUUUCACAAAUCAACAAUUACCGCCUCCUACGAAAGGAUGGAAGAAUCCACCAAGAAACAAAGACAAGUCUAUAGCUGCUGACCUAUUACGUCUGAAGACCAUAAGAAAUGUUAUUGUUGGUCAUCAACCGAAGGCACGACUGCCAAAGUGGCGAUUUGACGAUGAGUGGCAGAAAUUGUCAGAAAUAAUCCUUAGAAUACAGCAACAAAUUUCUGGGAACGUAGUACAAAUUAAAGAGAUGAUCGAAAAGUAUCGUUUGCAGAGACUAGAUCCCAGUGUUAAGAACAAGUAUGAUGAGAAAUUAAAAGAAUGGCACAAUGAAGUGGCUGAGGUGCAGGAUCAGGUCGAAGAAUUAAUCAAGAAACUUGAAGGUUUUGACGCCUAUUUCAAAAGUAAGAGCGAUCGGUUUGAGAGGUAUACAAAGUUGUUGUUCAAAGGUGGCCACUUUGUUCUAUCAGCCUUUCUCAGUAAAAAACUAGAAAAGGAAGGAAGAGAUUUACGGCGUAUUCUUGAUGAAAACAAAGAAUCUCUUCAGACGAAUAUUACUGACACAAAACAAUUAGACAUUCUUUAUCCACCGGCCAGUAUAACAGAUCCGUUGGAUACAUCUUCGUGGGAUGUUUCCCUUCUGGCAACAGUUAUUCUACAGCUGUUUGUCAGUACAAAAGACAGAGGCAUAAUACGAAACGUAAACAGAAUAAAAGAUGCACACAAGAAUUAUGUAGAUUCUGCGCUUGUAGCGUUAGAUAGUAACACGUUUGAAGAUUAUUGGACUGACCUCAAAGCAAGUAUAGAAAUUGUUUCCUAUAAACUGGAUGAGAACAAAGCUGAUCGAUGUUAUCAGAUUCUAGAAGAAUGCAAGAAGAGAAUAUCAGAACAUGAAUUCCAGACUUACAUGGAUGAACUGAAAAAGCAAGGCUCUGAAAUGAAAACGUUUACUGAUAUUUUUAAAGAUACACUCCAGAAAACUAAAGACUUUCUACAGGACAUGAUAACACAUGGAAUAAGUUUCAAAAAUGGUCACGAACUGGAACUUAAGAUGAUUACUAUUGGAAAUAAUGAAGAGAAGAAGAAAUUGGCAGAAGAAAUACUGACGAAAGUAUGGCAUGAAGCUUUAGACAGAUCAAUAGAAACUACAGAGUAUUCUGAUGUGAAGAACGAAGUAGAUAAGAUAUUAGACGAAAUCAAAGAGAAAAAGAGUGUUAAAAGCAUCACAAUCAAAACUGCAUGCAUAUUGCUGCAUAUUACAUGCACCUCACCAAGUGAUAUGUUAAACAUGAUUAACUACUUUGAGAGUAAAAGCUGUCACGAAUCGCUUGUGAACAUAUCAAAAGAGCUUGGAUACUAUUUUGACACAGCUUUAACAGUGUAUGGUGUUGUACCUAUCGACUGCCUAUGGGCUAUAUCAAAUUUACAAAGCGAAUCCAUACAACCGAAAGAAAUAGGCGUACGGCUUCCGAUAACAGUGUCCUCUCCAGAGGGGAUGAAACAACUAAUAUCAUUGUGCGGCAGCGAAGAGAUUGCAAAUAAUACAAACUCUAUUGCAGACGCGUUGUCGAAACAUUUAAAUGAUACAAUAGAACUGAAAACGUCAACAGAUAUGAAGGAACUAGAAAAAGUCUUUGAUGCAGAUAAGUCAAGUUCCGACAGUGGUAGCGAUUGCUCCUCUACGGAAAGCAGUGAUAUAAAUAGCAACCAGCCGAACCAGCCUAAUGUGUCCGGGGAAUGUUCUGAUGAAUGGAGUCCUGGUCAUACGCCCGAAGAAUCAACAGAACUAGAUGACAAAAAGGAUCAUCCACAAGAAAGACACAAAGACAACAGCAUCAAAAAAGAAGCAGAGCCUGUCACUAUACCACCGGACAUUUAUACUGCCGAAUCUAGUGAUCCAGCUAAUUCUGACUUGAAAUGUACAAACCGAG